GGCCAGGAGACCCGGUGGGCGGGGUAGCCUCUCCAGCCUCGCCUUCUCCGACUCAGAGGGCGCGCUGAGCACAGGGGCAUUAACUCAGCGCCCCGGGACUCUAAUAAGAGGCUCACUGGGCUUCCGCGCCUCUUCGCAUCUCCAGCUCCCGGAAUCGGUCGUCCCCAGCCCGCGGCGGGAAUUGUGUCAAACUUUGUCCGCGUGUGGGUGGCAGGCAGCGGGACGGCGGCGCGUCCCCCAGCCUCCCGCAUCGCGGCCGGGGUAGCAGUGGACAGCGCACCUUCCUGUCGCGUCCCGGUCGCCAGACUCUCCUCGGGAAUGGAGCAGGCACAGUGUGGCAGCAGAGACCGCAGCGGCAGCGGCCGACCCCACCUGGCCCCCGGGCUGGCGGCGGCGGCCCCCGCGCCCCUGUCCCCGGCGAUGCCGGUGCCCCCGGGGCUACCGGUGCCCCCAACUUUCCUGCGGCCGCCCAGCCUCUUCCUGCGGGCAGCCGCCGCCGCCGCCUCGGGAAACGGAGGCUGCCCGCCGGCUCCCGGGCUGGAGAGGGGGGUGGGCGCGGUGGGCUGCGGCUACCCGCGGACACCCAAGUGCGCCCGUUGUCGCAACCACGGCGUCGUGUCUGCGCUCAAGGGCCACAAGCGCUUCUGCCGCUGGCGGGACUGCGCGUGUGCCAAGUGCACCCUGAUCGCCGAGCGCCAGCGCGUCAUGGCCGCCCAGGUGGCGCUGCGCAGGCAGCAGGCCCAGGAGGAGAGCGAGGCCCGGGGGCUGCAGAGGCUCCUGUACCCUGGACCCUCGGGGACGGGGGCUCGGACAGCCGGAGGCGGCGGCAGAACCGAGAAUCCCCAGGGCGCGAGAGGCCCCCCGGCGGUGACUGCGAUGGGACUGGGGGCCUUGAGACAGGCUAGUGGGCUGGCGACCCCUGCGUUCGAGGUUUUCCAGCCAGAUUACACAGAGGAAAAACAAGAACAAAAAGAGAGUAAAUGUGACUCAUGCCAGAGUGGACAAGAAGAACCGGUCUCCAGAUCGCACCGACUUACCCUGGGAUCAUCUCCUAAGUCGAAUGGUGUCAUUGGAAAACAAAACGUCAAGUCAGCUAUUCCAGGAAACUCAAGCAAGGAUGAUAACAUCCAGUCUCCUCACCGCGGGGAGCAAUCAGGAGGUGAAGAGAGCCCGGGGUCCUUGUCGUCCUCUGAUCUGGAAUCAGGAAAUGAAAGUGAGUGGGCCAAAGACUUCACUGCUACCAGAGCCUGGCUUCCCACAGUGUCCUCAAGACCAAGAGACCCUCUUGAUAUCCUUACCAAGAUUUUCCCAAGUUACAGACGCAGCCGGCUGGAAGUCAUUCUACAGUUCUGCAAGGGGGAUGUGGUCCAAGCCAUUGAACAGGUCCUCAAUGGGAAAGAACACAAAGCAGACACCAGGGACCUGGCAAGCUCAGGAGAAUUGGAAAAUACAGCUUUUCAGAAAGCUUCGAGUUUUAAUUUAGCUGGAAUUGGUUUUGGAACUCUAGGAAAUAAAUCAGCUUUCUCCCCUCUUCAAACUACUUCUACUUCUUUUGGAGGUGACUCAAGCCUCUACAGCUUAAAUCCUAGACUAGGUAUCAGUCCAUUACGGCUGGCGUAUUCCUCUCCAGGAAGAGGGCUGCCUGGUUUCAUGUCUCCCUACCUAACUCCUGGGUUGGUCCCAGCAUUGCCUUUUCGGCCAGCUUUGGAUUAUGCCUUUUCAGGGAUGCUUAGAGAGUCUUCCUACCUUCCCAGCAAAGACUCCGUAACUGGUGGCAGACUGUAUUCAAGGCUGAAUCACGACAACCUGUAAUACAUCGGCCUGAUCUCCCUUUCUGGAGUAAUUCUAGAAGCAUGCAGGACAGCCCUCACACCCACUUCUAUUAAUGUGUUCACUGUGUCUGUGAAUGGAUCACCAGGCCUUAAAAAUGCUAUCCUUUUUUUUUUUUUACAGCAAUAUAGUAGACUUGAGAUCUAAAGACUCUUCUUGAGCAUUUAUUAAGUGAAAGAAGCAUUUAAACAUUAUAUGUGCCUUGAAUAAAGCCAUUUCAGGAAAUAUUUUUACCUUAAACUAAUGAAUUUUCUCCCUAAAAUAUCAGUUGUCAAAUCCCUAUUUUAAAACUAUACUUGUUUUUAUUUUAUUGAAAAGUAGGGUUUAUAGUUGUAAAAUACAUUUGUAAGUGUAAAGCAGUCCAGCAUUAUAUAAAAUGAACCAAAAGGAGGAAUUUAAAAAUUGAGAUAAUUCUAAAUCACUAUUACUUUAAACUUUUUCUUUCCUUCUGUUCCUUGUACACAGGAAAGUUAUUCGAAGUAUUUUAAAAUAUUUUAUUUGCAUAUAAGUGAUUAGUAAUAAGUAAAACUUGAGAAGUUUAAAUUCCUUAUUUUGUUCUGAAUGUCUUGUUUUUCAUUCAUAUCUGCCAUUUGUGAUAAGUGCCGUUAUAAUAAAAUAUUUCUCUUUAAAAAGUGAACAUUGUGAAUUUCACAAAGGCCUAUGGAGUAUCUUAGGAAAUGAGACUGCGCCCUCUCCUGGCCACUAUCACUAAUUACAACUAAGUUCUGGUAGCGUAUAGGAAUUAAAAACGAAUGAUUUCCUAAUAGUAUAAGCUAACCAUUUUUUGAAAUGGUCAUUUUGGAUCAUGCUAUGUAGAAAUUUUCAUGUUAUAGAGUGAAGAUCUACUGUGGACGACGAUUUUAAUCUUUAAGUAUGCUUAUGCCUGUAUCUGCGGAAAUACCUCUUUGCAUAUGUUUGUGACAGGAAUAUGGCAGCCAUUCUCAAGGGUAGAAAGAAUUUUAUUUAGGAAAUUUAAAUAGCUGCUCGGAUAAAUAUUGAUCGACUCUAGAUAGAUGAUACUUAAUGCAUUGAGGAGAGAGAGGAGAUUUCCAAAGGGGAAAAAUUGUCAUUAAAUUGUAGAGGUUUUCUUGAGUUUUUUAAAAAUACUUUUUGUUCUCCAUCUGGAGCAUUUGAAAGCUAUUUAUUUCAGUCAGUGGAAAGUCCCUGAGAAAACUGCUUACAAAACAAUUUUAUGAAGUUUUCUUUGUAUGUCAUCGUUUUUUUAAGGACAGUAACUUUGUUGUUAUUGUUAGGAAUAAAUGGAAAGCCAGCUGUGGUGUAAGAGAGUUGAUGAAUUAGAGAUGGUUUAAACAAUUUGAGCAGCAUGAUCCACUAAAGAUUUCUUAAAUUAUAUAUAUGUGUGUGUAUAUAUGCAUAUAUAUAUGUGUAUUAUGCACUCAAGCCCUAUCAGUUCUGUCAUCAUGAAGGUUUUUCUAUGAAGCCAAAUAAGAAUGUGUUUCUAAAGCGUAUUUUACCAGCAAAUGUCAUAUUAAAUGGCUGCAUAGUAUCUAACACUGAUGUAGGAUGUAAAUAUGUUUAAUAGAGAUGCAUUAUUUUUAAUGGCAUGAAUCUGAGAAAGCAGAUCUUGUACAGAUUUGAUGCAAUCAAUAUUCAUUAUUUAUAGAAACAUUUUAGAUUCUAAGCCCAAACCCUGCUACGAUGCCUGGCAAGUAGUGGACAUUCGAUUAAUACAUACUGAGUGAAGAAACCAUUUUGGAUAAUAGAGCUCUUUGAGACUCUUAUAAAACAAAAGAACUCUACCACAUGGCAUACAGACACACAGCUUUGUGUACAAGUUCACAGAGUUCUUGAAUCUCCCAAGUGCCAUUCGCCAUUCAGGUUAGAAUCCUUGGUGAUUCUUAAUUUGUUUCCAUUGGAUUAAUUCAUUUAUUGAGUGCUAUUUGUCUUGAAAAGUGCUAGAUCCUAUAGAGGAUACCAAUUGUAAAAUGUUUUACUCUCAAGGAAGUUACAUUAUACAAUAGAGAUCUGGUUUAAAAAUCCAGCAAUGCUAGAGUUGCCAGAUUCUUUAUGUGGUUUAUCUAAUGAUGUGUGCACGUAUCCAUGUGCGAGACUGAAUUGCUUCUGAACUGGGGAGAACAUCCAUUUGGGGCAGUAUUCAAAUUUUAGGAAAUAAUUUUAAAAUCUUAAAACUUACCUUACAUAAUGCUUUAUACAUUUCAUACCCUUUACAAUAAGUUUAGAACUUAAAUAAUCUUAUAGAAUAAGACAGAAUAAUUUUGUCCAACCAUUAAAUUGAAUGUGAGGAAACUGAGCCUUAGUAGUGCUGUUGUCUAUCCCCAAGGUUACAGUAACAGUGUCAGUCAUCAGGAGUGGGAGUUACUUCAUCAGUUUCAAUUAGACUAUAAGCUCUGAAGAAGGAUUCAUGUUUGUCCAUUCACCACUUUGUAUAAUAUCUGGUACAUAAUAGGUCCUCGAGUAAUAGCUUUCCACUGACUGGAUUAAAUAAAAGAGAAAAGGAAGGCAUCAGCUUAGAAAUGCAUUUAUUCAACAACCAUUUACUAAGCACCUACUUUGUGCCAGGCUCUGUGCUAGACUCAGGGGAUAAGGAGGUGAGUAACAUACAUGAUCUCACCUCCAGUUGCUCAUAGUCUGUGUUACUAUGUGCACAAAAACAACCAACCAACCAACGUUGGUACACUGGGCAAUGUUGGUACAUUAGCGAGUCCUGUGUAAUCUUGAGGUUUAUGCCCAUGGAGGCUGCUUGAGGCCUGAACUCCUACGCCACUAAUUAGGGACUGGAAGGAAGAGGGAGAAAUCUUUCCUUGUAGCGUGUUUAGGGAAGUCCAUUUGUUUGUCUGAUAGGUAAACAACUUUCACAUCUAUGGUGAAAGAAGUGGGCGAAGGGGAGGCUUUUGUUCACUUGCGUGGAGUCUUGUGUGGAAGUCACCCUGGCAGCCUUGUGGCAUCUGGAUCAGACUUACUGCCCGUUCCCAAUUCCAGGGAGAGUCUUUUGGAAUUCGUCUGAUUCAGUGUGUAGGCAUCCUGGUCUAAGCUCUCGUCUAACUCUUCUGUGAAAAUGGCUUAGAGUUGAGGGGACAAUUGAAAAGCAUGUGAGUCCAAUGAUACACUGGUUUUCUCCUUAACUUCUGCUGAAACAAAAAGAUUCUGGGGAUUUUAAGACCUGCCCUCCUAGAGAUUCCUAAUUGUGAAUUUGGAACUAAGAAAGCUAUUUAUGAAGUGACCUAUCCAUUCAACUCUUUACUUUUUUAAAUGCAUUUUCCUUAGUUGCUUACCUCUGAAGUUAAAAAGCCUUCAGAAUACAAGAGAAACUUGGGAUAAUGCACCUUAUUAUAUAUCACUGUAAAUAGAAUCCUUCUGCCAAGCACGAGAUGAGAUGAGGUGCACCGCCAGCUUCAUGAAGGCGAAGCUUUCCUCAGGGCAGCCUGAUUCUUAAGCAUAGAUGCUCCUCCUUUAGGUCAAGGGUAGUGGGAAAAGUUCUUGCUCUGUUCCAUUCCUCCACUCCCGCACGUCUCCAAACACUCCUGUUACUGAUACCUGCACUGUAGAGCUUGGCCCUUAGUUGUUUGGCAUCGUCCCCUCUCAAAUUGAAGCUGUUUUGAUGUAACGCUUCAGAGCAGCUGUGCCAAACAUUAAAACACCUUUUUUCUGUUUUUCGUCUUUGCUUACCGAGUACUAUACAAAUGAGAGAAAUUCGUAAACAUUUCCCCUUUCUAAACUUCAUGCCACUGAUGGGGGAUUCAGGGGAAGGCAAGACAACAAAGAUGAGAACUAGUAUGCUGUCUGUUUCUCACGUGUGCUAAUUUAAAAAACCUGAUGUUUAAAAAUUGUUUUAGACUGUGUCACAGUAUUUUCAAGUCAAAAUGGCCACAUUGUGUAAUUUUAUGAAGAUGUUCAUAGUUUUAAAAUAGAUGCACAAGUGUGACCUUAUCAAAAUAUCUGUGUCAAAAAACUGCUUUGAAAUAUCAAAUAUUUAUUAAAAUCCAUCCUAGAGACAAGUUCAAUCCAGAAAAAUGGACUAGAUGACUUAAUACAAUUAGAGGAAAUAUACAGAAAGUUGAGCAAGCAUGCUGAAGAAUGUUGAUUAGAAAAUCCAUGUCAAACGGGACGUGUUUUAGAUUCCUGACCUUGACCUUUUAUGAAACGUCUGUCAACCAAGUAGAUGAAGGAAUAAAAGUAUAAAAUUCAUUGUUAGCUUAUUCAUGGGCAACACACAUCUGAGAAUGGCAGGUAAUGUUUUGGAUGGCACAAUCCAGUUUCAAAUGAUUGAUUCUCACCCUCUAACUCUCAUUCUGGUGAACCAAUAUCACAUUCAAGAUCUUAGGGUUAAAAAAAAAAUUAUCUGCACACAUAGACAACAAGGAAGAGAGAUCAGGAUUUACAACAUUUUUUUUAUGAGAAAAAAGUAGUGUUAUUUGAUUGGUAAAUUCACCAUGGGAUUAUCAUGUAACAUGGCUAUUCUAAAAGUCAAUUGAAAUUUAGAUUACAUCAAUAGGAAGAAAGUACGUGGAAUGAGGGAGGUGAUAGUACCAGGUAUUCUGUAAUAUCAGUUGGUCAGAUAUUAGCUAAAGUAGUGUGAUCAAUUCUGAGUGCCAUACACUGAGUGAUUCUGAAACCUGGGAUAUAAGCAGAGAGGAAUAAGAUGCUAAGAGGUGAUUGUCAUGGUGGUGGUAGUGUUCUAUGAGAAAGAGUUUUGGAUAUAGAAGAAAUGAAAACAUUUAAAGAGCUAGCAUAUGUCAAAAAUGAAUUGGGUUUCUUCUGUAUAGUGUAGAAGGCAUAGAAAAAGGUAAAAGAUGGGGCCAGCCUGGUGGCGC